GAUGACAAAUUUUAGCUUUACGAGUAUCUUUUUUUUGUAAUAAGAAAAAUAUUCGUUACUAGUGAAGGAAGGGCUGCGGCGGGCUGCGGCACAUUGCGUAGAAGAUGGAGACACUCCACUCCAUUUUCGAGAAUUCCGCUCGUAGUAACUUCAACAAUAUCGCUAUUACAUUUAACUCUGGCUCAACAAAAGAAGAGUUAACAUACCGAGAAGUCAACGAAAAAGCUUGCAAGGUAGCAGAAUUUCUGAAGACUGUAUGUGAAAAGCAUGAAACAGUGGCAUUGUAUUCCAAACAAUCGAUCGGCUGUGUUGUGUCUAUUCUUGGAGUUCUCAAAAACAAAGGUUGUUUCGCGCCUGUGGAUCUUCAAUGGCUCCCAGAAACGAUGUGUAAUUUCUUGUCGAAUUUAAACGUUAGGCUCGUGCUUGUUGCAAAGGAGCUACUGGAGUCAUUCCAAGAGUGCUUGCGUCAAAGUAAACAUAGUUUAGCAAAAGACUACCAGUUUGAAGUUGAGGAAAAUGUAGCUCUUGGUAUGAAUGGACUUGUGCUGGUGAGAAAACUGUUAGAUGUUAACUUUUCUGCAGUGAGUGCUAGGUCGCUGGAUCUUGCUUAUGUUAUGCAGACAUCUGGUACCACGGGUGAACCCAAAGCUGUGAAAGUCCCCCACAGAUGCAUUGUUCCAAAUGUAACGGAUUUAAGGUGGGUUUAUUGCCAGAUAAGCCUUUGGAUUUAGCUGUAAUGGUACCAGGAAAUAUCCGUAAAUUCAUCCCUUUGUGAAUUAGCCCCCUACAAAUUCAUCCACUACUUUCAGAGCUUGCAACAUAGUGGACCUAAGACCUUAAAAAAGCUGUAUAAAAAUAGCAGUUCCUUACAGGUUUCUUACAAAUACAUGUAAGUUGCUUGGGAGGUAAAAAAGGUCAAACUGGGUCAGUUUGAAAUACUGAACUCUAUCACACUGCAAAAGAUUGGCAAAGUAUAUCAAGUGUGGAACAAUUCAGCUGGAAGGUUGAAAUCAAAGUGAUCUUUGGCAGAAGAUGAGUACAGUAUUUAAAAUUAGAAAGGGUUGAUGGAUGGAUUGUUUAGUUCUCUCUGAACAUUUUAUGGGGGUAACUUUUUAUGGGGCUCAUUAAUUACUCAUGAGAUGAACCAAUAGGUCAUUUGCGCGAUGGCGUCAUUUUACUGCUACGACCAGAAUCCUUUUCCUUUUUCCUUCAUAUUUAAAAUUUUGUAAUCCCAGUGAGGUUUGAAUAACAAAAGCCCUAAUUUGCACAAGAAAGUAAAACCCUGAAGGAUUCUGGUCAUAGUAGUAAAAUGAUGUCAUGCGUGCAAAUGGCCUAUUUCUUGCGGUUCUGACUAGUUGGAGGCAAACUCGACACUAAGGAAGGAAAGCAGUGGCUUCUGCAUAUGGACAUUUUGCCUGAGGUUUACUGUUAGUACUGGUGUGUAUUCGUUGUUCUUUGAGCCUGGUAAAUGGCUGAAUAGUAUAGAAAGGUGGUGACUGCUCAUGUCGGUCAACAUCUUUUUCCAGUCAAAACUUAUUGACAAAUAGAAUGGUAUAUGUGAAGAAAAGAACUCUGAAAAAGAUUCUGAGCUCUACAGUACAGACCAGGGGAAUUGCGGCAUUUACAUGCAUGUACCGGCAAAAUAAUGGCGUGCAUAGUGGCUGAUUUACAUUUAAUUUUUUGGUCAUUUUAAUAUGUAAAGUUUGAACAAAAAGAAACUUGUAAAUUAAAAGCUUCAGCAAAGAGAAGUGCACAGCUAAAAAAAGGAUCAGAUUACACAAAGAGAUAACAAAAGCUUGAUUCGGAAGGAGUCGCUUCUGUUGGAAAAUUUGAUUUGGGGAAAAAAAUGUAACCAGCAAGUGAAAAAAUAACAUUGAAAGAAUCAGAAGCCUAAAUGGAACAAAGAGGUAAAGGAAACAAUGCUCUUUAAAAUAAAAUAAAAUACAGACGUGCCAUACAUCAUGUGUCCUUGAAACAUUUUAAAACAUCAGAAACAUUAAAAAUCAAAUAGUGCAGCAAAUCAUUCUGACUAGUUUCAAUUGUAUAACGAAGAGCCUCAAGAUUGAACUGCACAAAUAUUUACCUAGCUACCCUGGUAAGAGAAAAGUUCAUUCUAUUUUUCCCCAUAAUAAGACUGAUAUUCAAAAUAUGAUUUGAAGGCGACAGAUUGUCGUUCAUCGUUUCACAGAUUUCAGGAAGAUUUUACACUCAGUUUCCAAAAAUUUGCGCAUAUUUUUUCAUGUAUUUUUGCAUGCAUUUUUUUAUAUGCAUGUUUUGUGCUUGUGUUUUUCAUGUAAUUGGUGUGCAAUAUGGUGGAUUUACUCACAAGAAACAUGCCUGUUUGUUGCCCCAUUUUUGUGUCAUUGACAUGGAAGAAUUUUUUCUGGCGCAAAAUAAAAUUAACAUGGAGUCAUAAUGACGUAAAAAAGUUACCUCAUAAUAUUAUUAUAUAAGUACAUGUACUUCCAAAGCAGCAGGCAGUAAUAAAGGUUAAUUUAAAAAAUAGGUGUGCUUACUGCCCUGAAAUGAGGCAGAUCAUGUCAGACUGUACGUGCUUAUGAGUUGUGUUUGUGUCAGGCGUUCUAUGUAAUUCCAAAAAAGACUGGAGUGUACUUCUGCAUACUUUGAUUUGCUGAUCGAUUCAAGCUUUUUUUGUCAACUUUGAUCUUUUGUUUUCAUUUCAAUAUGAAGUGAUAACAAAAGCUAAGUUCUUUUUUGUACCCAAAAGAGAUUGGCAGUUGAGUGUUUUUGCCUUUUUUGUCACCUUUUAUUCAUAAUAUUAUUAGUCUGUAAUUAAAUUAAAAAAAGGGAAAUGUUUCAGCUUUACGAUUACGAUUAGGCCAAUUCUUACAGCUGCACCACCUGCAGUGCCAGCCUCCAUGUUGAUGUUAUUUGCAUUGUCUGUAGUUUGACCGAGACCAUUAAUUUUUUGAAAUGACCCAAUUUCAAGUGCCAUGCAGGACAUAUGCAACCACUUUGACUAAUUUCUAGAUUGAACACCGAUAUUAAUUCCUUAAAGAUUGAAGUAACAAUCAUUGUGGACACUGAAGUACACAUACCUGUUCCACAGGGAAAUAUUUCAACUGGUUUCAGAUGACGUAGUGUACCUUGCUUCUCCCUACACCUUUGAUCCCUCUAUUGUACAGAUGUUUAUGGCAUUUGCCGCUGGAGCCAGACUUGUGAUUGUUCCUGGGCAGGUUAAAAUGGCACCUUCUAAACUUUGUCAAAUCCUUUUUGAUGAGGAAAGAGUGACCAUUUUACAGGUAACACUCUGACAUUUCAAACUAUCUUCUUAUGAUAUUCUUGAUAGCAUUUCUCUGCGUAUAUUAUUUGUACUGGCUUUAUAUUUGUUGAGCGUAUAAUACAGACUCUAAUGGCAUAAACUGCACACACUCCAUGAUCUAGCUUGGUGUUUUUAAAAGCAAUGUAAUUUGUUUGCUUUCUCAGACUACAAAAUUAAUGGUGGUAUCCACAGAACUAGGUGGAGAAUAUAAAACACAAAAUAAAUUGCUGGUGGGGACUUAGUGCCUUGCCAAGGUUUUAGAGUAAGAACUUUUUAAAAUAUGAGUCCUAGUGUGUUGUGUUUGAAAGAAGAAAAGAUUGUCACUUCAAAGUGUUUAAGUGGCCUGAUAUUUAAAUUGUAAUAUUUGAUUUACCAUUAAUUUGAAGAAUUGUUUACAACUACGAGGAGAACAGCACCACUUUGUGAUUUCCUCACUAUAAUGUGAAGUUUGCCUAGAAAUCGGAGGUAAUUUAUGAUGGAAGACAAUGAAAGCAAAUACAUAAUUAAAUCUCCUUAAUUUCAUGCAUGGGGUUACAGACUGAACUAACUUUUUUGCUCUCUUUAAAACAACAGCCAACACCCUCUCUAAUGCAUUUCAUUGGUCAGGACUUGAUUCAGUCUAAGAUCCUUGCUAGCGAUUCAUCUCUCAGAGUGCUUGCCUUUGGAGGAGAAUCCUGCCCAACCCUCUCCACCCUCAGAGCAUGGAGACCACCAGGAAGCAAGACACUGAUGUACAAUUUGUACGGCAUUACUGAGGUGUCCUGUUGGGCUUCUUGCUAUCAUAUUCCUAAUGAUCAGUUGGAAUUUAGGGAAAUAGCAAGUGACGCAGAUAAUGGUAAUUGCAGAGAGAAAAGUCUAGAUGAUUUCCCAGUUGGGAUUGUAAGUGAUGUACCUCUUGGCCUACCACUGUCUAACACUGUGAUUGAAAUCCGAGAUGAAAAAAAUGAACUUAUCAAAGAAGGCAUUGGGCAGAUUUACAUUGGUGAGAUCACUUAUCAAAAUAUGAAUGUUAAUUGCGAGUUUAACAAGUACGACAUAAUACUCUCACUUUGUGUCUGUCUCCUUAGCAAGUUGUUCAUCAUAAAUAGAGAGUGAAGGUACACUGUAGCUGUCUGUUUUUAUGUUUUCCCUUUUUUAUAACUCAGAUGAUUUACUUUGGAUAGUCUCUCAAAAUUCACAGCACACUAUAUUACCAUAGCUGGAUACAUAUGUAACUCCACAUGAUUGAAGCCAUUUUUGAAGUAUUGUGCAACACUGCACUUAAAAUUGUAAAAGUGGGCUGGAUUAAUCAGCCUUUGCACGCUACAUUUUGACUAACUAACGCUCUUGUCUUUUUUCAAUAAUAGUUAAAAUAAUAUAGCACUGAAUUCCAUAUAUCUUCAAUAUUGAAUCAAGUCUGUGGUGGGAUCAUGAAAAUGCCCAAAUAAACCUUUAACGCUUCUAAAGACAUGUACAUGUAUGAGCUUGUUUAUUAGAUUUGAACUGAAUCAAAAUAAUAUGAUGUUGUGUUACUGUAACUGUAUUGCAGGUGGUCCAGACCGUGUUUGUCUCCUUGGUGAUGAAACAUCACACACUGCAGAAACCAAGCGUAAAACAGGAGACUGGGCGUAUGUGAAAAACCACUGUGUCUGGUUUUGUGGACGCAGAGACCGACAAAUAAAGCGCAUGGGAAAGAGAAUAAACCUAGACUGGAUUGAGCAUGAAAUUGCCAGAAAACUUCUUGGCAGUGAGUGUUCUCUGGUUUUAGACAAAUCAGGUGGGAUAAGUCAAUCAAGAAUUCACUUAUUUGUGGUCAGUGAAUCUUCUUUGUAUAACAGCAAGAAACUUGCAUCACUAAGAAGUAAUCUGCAUAACCUGUUACCAGUUUAUGCUCAACCUGAUUUUGUUCACCUAGUGCCUAAACUGCCAAUGACAGCUCAUGGAAAGACUAACCGCGAUGGGCUCUUAAGGAGUGUUCAGAAAUCCUUAGCUCACAAAGAUAUAAAAACUAUCAGAGAAUUACUUCAAAGUUCUUGGAAAGAGUGUUUACAAGUGACCAAGGCCAUAAGAACAGAUUCUGACAAACUUGAAUUGUUCCAGAAUGAUCCUGUCAUGAAAUUAAGCGCAUGGGAUGUAAAGGAAGAUGAUCUGUUUAUUGCCAGCGGUGGAACAUCCCUAGAGGCUGUGCGAUUGGCAGAUCUUAUUGAAUCCUGGCUAUCCAAACAAGUAAAGACCCCUAUGAACUUUCCAGAAUUACUGGAUGUUAUUUUAAGCCAAUCAUUUGGCGCUCUUUGUGGCUACAUGGAGAGUGCAGUAAAUGGCCAAAGUGGAAUUGAUUUGGGCAGUAUUAAGGGGACAACCAUGGUAUAUAAAGAAGAAGGUGAUAAUGAUGAGAUUUUCUCUGAUUUAAAUUCUGGCAAAGAUGCCAUGAAACUUCCAUUGAAGAGGAAAUUGUUAUCUUCAGUUGAUGGUGCUUCUCCGAAAGAUGAAGUGGAUGUUAAGUCGAAGAGGUUAUCAACUGCAGAGAGAAAGAGCAACUCAGUCAAAAGUGGAACAAACAAUUCAGAGUUGAAAACUUGUUUCUGCUCUAUACGCAGAGGAAACCAGUGGACUGUUUGCACGUUUUGCACUUUAUCAAGACCCUUUUCAACUAGUGAUAUCACCAGUCAAACAGAGUCCUUUGCACCCAAUGAAAGUCACCUUCAUUAUUUCUCUGCAUCUGAUGAUGUAUCAACCAAUAAAAAUCAGACUCUCCCCUCCCCUGAAGAUGUGAAUGCUCCUGGUAGCCAGGUCACUGUCACUUGUCAGUGGCGCACAUGUCUAUACAAAUGCAUUGAUGCCUCCCCACUUGUGGUGAACUCUCCAGGGGGGUGCGGGGGUGAAGUUUUCAUUGGGUCACAUGGUAAAGUGUUCAUGUGCAUUAGACUCAGUGACGGUGAAGUCCUGUGGGAGAGAAGUGUGGGAGACAGAAUAGAAUCAUCUGCAGCAAUUUCUGCAUGUGGCACUUAUGUCAUUGUAGGUGAGGUAUUUUUGUUAUCGCAGGGAGACUGCGAAUAUUGACACAAUCUUGGAAGAGCUAAUAUCUUUCAUUUUUGAAUAUUUGAAAGAAGUGGCAUUCCAACAAAGAGCCUUAGAAAAAUGCAUUCUUUAAAGACCAAGCGUCAGUUCCGAGUAUCCUACCCCUGAUAGACUUCAAAACAGUCGGCGAAGCGCUGGCGUGAUAUUAGAGAGGUUAAACAUCACGAUUACGUCAAACGGCAAACUCGAAUUUGUACCACGUGACCAAGUUUCCCGUUUACUUUUCGUUUACUGUUCAUUAUUUCUACCCAUAAAUAAGUAGUUUCGCGCAAUUUUUAUACCCAUAAAAAUUGAUUUGGGCUGUUUUUAUCUGCUUAUGUUCUAUUUUGAGAAAUUCUCAACUUGAAUUUGACGUUUGCCGUGUACGUAAAGCUUAAACACACUAUUUUCGCUCGAAGCGCGUGGCUUCCCCCUCACCCCAGACCUUUCCUUUGGCCGCUCGUGCGCGCGUUUUUAACCUAGGCGAAAAUACGGGCUGUUUUGCAGUCCGUACCCCAGAUAAAAUACUAGCAAAAGUAAAAUUAAGUAACUGGAGACAGAAAGGGUGGAAAGAAACCUCUGACCUUCUUGAAGAUAGCUGCCAAUGUUUUUCAUUUACAAUGCAGUCUAAAAAAGAUGAGUGCGUGGCAUGAAAGAUAAUGCAGAUCACGCCAGGAGAAAUAUUUCAAGUUGCUGCCAAUGUUUUACAUUUACAAUGUGGUAUAAAAAAGUGAAGGCUUGGCAUCAUAAGUAAUGCAGAUCACGCCAGGAAAAAGAUUUCAAAUUUUCUUGCGCCUUGCGUCCUAAUUCUAGGCUAAAUCAGGACUACUUCAAAGUGGUUAUAGACAUUUUUUUUUACUUUCGAAAGGUGCACCCAAGGUACUGUUCGUUUCCUUAGAGCUUAAGUUGUUUUUCUUUUUAACAUGUUUUCUUUUGUUUUGUGUUUUUUUGUAGGUUGUUACGACGGCAAAGUCUAUGUAUUUAACCGCUUUACUGGUGACACACAUUGGACAUUUCAAACUGAUGCAACAGUAAAAAGUUCACCUUGUACAGACUCACAGACAGGGUUGACUUGGGUUGGGUCACAUGAUCAUCACCUGUACGGUCUCGACAUCAAGCGCAAGCAGUGUGUCUGUACAGUGCACUGUGGUGGUGGAUCAUGCUUCAGUUCUCCUUGCAUUAGUCAUGAGCCUCAUUUAGUUUUUAUUGCUACAUUGACUGGCCGUGUUGUUGCUGUUGAUGCCGAUGAGCACACUGUCCUUUGGAGUCAGCAGUGUCCCAAACCAGUGUUUGCAUCACCUCUAUUGAUCCCCUGUGGCGUUGUGUGCGCAUGCGUUGAUGGGCUUGUUUAUUGUUUUGAUUUUCAAGGAAGAGAGACGUGGUGCUUUGAAACUGGCGCCCCUAUUUUUUGUUCCCCUGCUUAUACUAGAACAGAAUGGGAUUCUGACACCCCUGGGUAUAUCGUGUUUGGAUCUCAUGAUAAACGCGUGUACUGUUUAUCAGUUGAUGGAAAGAUGCAGUGGAGUUUUAUGGCUGAUGGACAAGUGUACUCAAGUCCUUUCGUUACUCAACUAAAUUUCAAGCAUCAGACAGGCUUUCACUCAAGAUGUCAUGUGACAUGUAAAACGCGUCACACAAAUCACGCAAAAAUGGCAGUGUUUGUGUUGUCCACUGUGGGAACCCUGUUUAUACUGGAACUCAAGUCUGGUAUUCUUUUAGGUUCUUACUCUUUACCUCGUGAAGUAUUUUCAUCUCCAGUUGUUACUGAUCAGCAAGUACUUCUUGGGUGUAGAAAUAACUAUAUUUACUCCCUAAAAGUGAAUCAAACCGCGGGUGACUACACUCAGGUGUCACAGUCAUUUCCUCGUCUUUAG